UCAAGCUUGGCACAGUCAUCCAAGGGAGGAUUACACAAGCCCUUCCUUGAGGACUCACCUGGUCAGCCUCUUGACCUUCAUCGUCCCCAUCAAAACACUAGAACAACGACGGAAAUGAGCGACCUGAAAGACAAACUCGCAGAAUAUCUUCCCCCAAAGUCCGCCAAACCCACCAAUGCGUCCAUCCUUUUUCCGGAGCUCCAACGCGAGCUGGAAGCUGAUCCGACAUUGGCAAAGAAUUUGAAGGGAUUGUUUAUUGUCACGGUUUUACAAAAGGGAGUGAAGAAGGAUGAAUGGUUUCUCCUCUUCAAAGGCAUAAACACCAAGCCGGUGAUCUCGCAAACCCGCCCCACCCUUCCAGCGCCCUCCAAAACCCCCCUCCCAGUAAUUUUAGUUGAGAUUGAGGACGCAGAUAUUCUCAACUUUAUCACCGGGGGACUGCCUGCUCUGAAAGCAUACACUUCGCAACGCGUGCGUAUCGUUGGCGAUUUGCUACUCGCACAACAAUUGGAGGAUGUGUUUUCCAAGGCAGGUGGGCCUGAGAAAGCCAUGAAGUAUUUGGAGAGAGUGACCGGAAAAAAGGUUUCGGGCAAGCGCGUCCGUGCCAAUUUAUAAAUGUUGAAAUACUUGUAUGUUGGGAGACGAAAAGGAAGAUGAAGAGACUACCAAAUACAUUUCUUCGCCAACGUUUGCGACAUUUAUAAUUUGAGUAAAUGUGAUACAUUUGUUCUAAGCGUUCGAGUAAUCCAUAUCCAUCUAGGAAUCUACAUUCCUG